AUGGAGAAAAGAAGAACGUUAAUGGUGAUGAUGUUUGUGAUGGUGGUGAUGCAGAGAUGCCAUGGAUGGGGAGGAGCAGAAACCGCAGAGGAUAUGGUUAGAACUGAAGCAGAGAAUGCUAAAAACGCAGCGGAAAACGCUAAAAAAAUGGCGUCCGAAGGGGUUUAUGACGCUAAGGACAAAACCGCAUCUUGGACUGGUUGGGUUUCUGAUAAAAUCUCCACAGGAUUGGGAAACAAGAAAGAUGAAGCAGAAGAUGCGACUGAAUCUGCGAAGAAGUACGCUUAUGACAAGGCUGGAUCAGCCUAUGACAAUGCGGGUUACGCCAAGGACUUUGCAUCUGACAAGGUCGGAUCUGCUUACGAUAGUGCUCAAAACGCAAAACAGUAUGCUUACGACAAGGCCGGUGAUGCUAAGGACAUGGGUUACGACAAGGUUGGAUCAGUUUACGGUAAAGCCGGUCAAGCCAAGGACAUGGCCUACGACGUGGCCGGUCAAGCCAAGGACAUGGCCUACGACAAGGCCGGUCAAGCCAAGGACAUGACCUACGAUAAGGUGGGAGCAGCCUAUGGCAAGGCCGGUCAAGCCAAAGACAUGGCUUACGACAAGGUGGGAUCAGCCAAUGACAAAUCCGGUCAAGCCAAGGACAUGGCUUACGAUAAGGCCGGUGAAGCUAAGAACAUGGCUUACGACAAGGCAGGAUCAGCCUACGACAAAGCUGGUCAAGCCAAAGACAUGGCCUAUGACAAGGCGAGUGAAGCGAAAGGCAUGGCAUAUGACAAAGCUGGAUCAGCCUUCUCAAAGGCUGGUCAAGCUAAGGGCUUUGCCUACGACAAGGCUGGUCAAGCAAAGGAUGCUGCAUAUGAGAAAACGGAGAAUGUGAUAAAGAUGGCGACGGAUAAGAGCGACGAAGCUAAAGAUAACGCUCAUGGAACAUACGAAAGAGCUAAAGAAGGGUCCAAAAAAGUUAAGGACAUGGCAUCGGAUAAAGCUCAUGAAACAUACGAAAGAGCUAAAGAAGGUUCCAAGAACGUAAAAGACAUGGCAUCGGAUAAAGCUCAUGAUACAUACGGAAGAGCUAAAGAAGGUUCCAAGAACGUAAAAGACAUGGCAUCAGAAACCGCGGAGCGAGCAAUGGAGUAUGGUAAAGACAAAGCAGCGGACGCAUACGGAACAGGGAGUGAAUCAGCUAGAAAUUUUGAGGAGGCAAUGUAUAAGGUUGGGGAAAGGUAUGGAGCAGCUAAGGAUUCAAUGUCAGAGAAGGCAAAAGGAACUUAUGAGAAAGCGAAGGAGAAGGCUUCUGAGGCUGUUGGAGAGUACGGUACAUAUGUGAGAGACCGUAGUGCUGAGCUUUAG